AUGGCAGCCACCUGCAACGGCUUCGAUUCCGCGGGACGCCAUAUACACUGGGGAAUCCAUGUGAAGGUUGGAGACCAAUUGCCGUACGACUCCCUCAGGGCAAUAUCUCGAUUUCCCCGGCUACAAUACGUUGAGAUUAAUACAGCCACCGACUGCGGACCCGUGCCAGAAGUUUCUCUCGUGGAAGAUUUGUGGUUCGAUGUACUCAUGGCGGAAGAAGCAUUCCGUUACAUUGCCGCCAAGAAGAAACGUUCAACGAUCUCCGAGCUUCCUCUUAAAGGACUGGAUUUCAAAAGGUACGACUGGGGACCGCACCUUGAGAGCCCUAGUCGGUUAUCCAAGAAUCCCGCUGUGCCUGUCUAUGCCUGCCGAUGGGCAGGUGGCGGGUCUCAGGGCGAGCAGGUUCGGGUGUUUCCAGUACGGUACCAUAAGAUGAACAUUAUCAUUGGUGAUGAACAGUAUGAAGAGGUCCUGAUCUCUGCAGGGUUGUGGGACUUGGCUUCUCUACUGGAAGGCCCGUGGGUAUUGUGA